UGUCAUCCGUCCUUCCGGUGGCGCAUGCGCGGGAGGCGGCCCUUCUCUCCCCUCUCUCCCCACGAGCAGCAGCUGCUGAGUUUGGCCACCCCCCAACGUCCCUGAAUAUGUAUGCCUGUGCAAAGCUCAUCUCUGCUCCCACCCUUGUGAGAGACAGUACUCGGCUGCUAUAUAGGCCCCUCUCUGCCUCUAUGCUGAACAGGCCUGAGGUCCGGACGGAUGAGGUAAAUUGGCCUCAGUCCCGUUCCAUCGCUGCUGCUCAGAAUGCACUCCUGCCAGUUUUGCGCCGGGAAUUCCAAACCAGUUCGGUUUCCAGAGACAUUGAUACUGCCGCUAAGUUUAUCGGUGCUGGCGCUGCCACUGUAGGUGUAGCUGGUUCCGGUGCUGGCAUUGGGACUGUGUUUGGCAGUCUCAUCAUCGGCUAUGCCAGAAACCCCUCCCUGAAGCAACAGCUCUUCUCCUACGCCAUCCUGGGUUUUGCCCUCUCUGAAGCCAUGGGGCUCUUCUGCUUAAUGGUCGCAUUCCUCAUUCUCUUUGCUAUGUGAAGGAGCCGGAUAAUGCUGCCACUCAUGUGCUCCCCAGCUUCCCCUUGCGUUUAGUCCAGUGUGUAUACCGACCUGAUUGUUCUGUGGCCGACAGGAGGAGCCCAUCUGUUAACCAAAUCCGUCCAACUUGGAGGGGGAAAGUGAAUAAAUACUGUAUCGAUAUA